UUUUAAAUCCACUGAAAGUUAACCUUGCACACAUUACUCAAUCGAAUAAAAUCUUUAUUUAUGGAGAUACGUGUUUUCGUCAGCAGUAAAGCCUUAGGCAAAUCUGUCUUUAAAGUUUCGUUCUUACCUGACAGGAGAACAGUCACACCCUGAACCUUUUACAGUAAAGCGAAAGAUCCUCUGGUGUGUCUGGGAGGACUUUAGAAAACACUCGUGUCGUGUAUAUCUCUGUGUUUAAAGAUAUUCGGUACAACAGGAAGACGGCUGGAUUGACCAUAUUGAGAGGAUCUGCAUCUGACAUUUUGCUAUUCAAAGCUCCAUCAUGGAAAGUCGAACAAGAACAAUUUCUACUGGAACUCCUGGAGAUGACGCCUGCAUUUCGGUCGAGCUGGAGCGCUUGAUCCGUCAGAGAGGUCGAGAUCUGCGCCUGCGCAAACUGGACCAGCAGAAAGCCGUGAGGACAGUCAACCAUCUGAUCGACAGUCUGCUGGAGUUCCUGAAGAAUAAUGAAGACCAGCCCUUCUUCAGGGACAUCUCGGUGCUCACCAGCGGCAGCUACUACGAGAUGGUGAAGAUCCAUAAACCCAAUGAGUUUGACAUUAUGCUAAAAAUCAAAGUCCCAAGGAUUGAUUUUUUAGAACUGGAAGAAUAUAAAGGUCUGUUUUACACAGUGAAGCUUAUGAAAUCCACACGCAAAGAAAUCCAGCACUUUCUUCUGGAAGAUGGACGAACAAUCUCAGCCACCAAAGUCAAAGCAGAAAUGCACCGCUUGGUUCGCAAAUUCGUCAGCAACCAUUUUCAAGGUAAAGGUUGGACGAUAUGCAGAAAACUGGUCAACUCGCCAGCGGUGACCCUCGAAUAUACAUCUAAAGAGAAAGCAGAUGAAGUGAUGUCUGUGGAUAUUGUGCCCACUCUUGAGGUGCCACAAGGCUGGCCACAAGCAGCGCGGGCCGGUCCCAAUGUAGACCAAUGGCUUGGAAAGAAAUGUCGCCGCCAGUUUGUAAGUAAGGCUGUGUAUUUCAUCCCAAAAAGACCGAAAGGAAGAAACCUCAGUGAUGAUGCUAAAGAGAGCUGGCGGAUAUCUUUCUCUCAUAUUGAAAAGGAGAUUAUGCAGUAUCAUGGCAAUAAGAAGACAUGCUGUGAAACUUCUUCCAAUAGGUGCUGUCGGAAAGUUUGCUUGCGUCUUCUCAAGUGUCUGAUUGAAGGACUGAAGCAGCAGUUUCCCAAAGAGCUGGAACCUCUGUGUUCGUAUCAUGGAAAAACAGCCUUCUUCCACGUGCUUUCAGACCGAGUGCACGACUCCCUGUGGUCUCCAGGCCAGCUCUCCGUCUCCUUUAUGAAGCUCUUCGGAUACUUUGAGCGAUGCGCACUCAAUGGUUCACUUCUGCAUUUCUUUGUUCGUGAGCACAAUCUUUUCUCUCCUCCUGCUUUUUCCAAGCGAGCUCUAGGAUUUCUGACCCAUGUUUUGAGGGAGCAGAGAGAUCUGGGGUUCCCUGUUUUGAAGGUUCCCAGUCCUUCAUCUGGUGUCGUUCCUGAUACUGAAACUCUGAUUCCUGAUAUUGGAACUUUAAUUGAGCCAAAUCCACCUGUCAGCGACACUUGCAGGAUUUCUGCCUCUUUUAGGCAUGUGUAUGUGUGGUAUAGCAUAGCAGUCAUUUUUGUGUGUGUAGGAAUUGCGUGUGUAUUGCAUAAAUAAUAAUAAUGAAUACAUAUUUUUAGAAUAUACAUACUUGAAUUUAGUAAAUGGGAGGCAUAGCCCCUUGAAACGAAUCAUCUCAUUUUCAAGGGGAUCCCUAUU